CUCACCAUGCCUGCCCAAGACCAGGAGGCCUUCUCACAGAAGGAUGCCGAGAGGAAGACGGACACUACCAGCAGGGUGCGGGUGGAGGAACAGGCUGGUCCGUCCAGAGCCCAGCCUGUUAGACAGGGUUACUGUGGGUACUGCAAGUUGAUGUACAGCAGCCUGGAUCAGCAUAUCUCCAGUACCAGACACAGGGGGUCAGUCAGGGCUUCUGCCAGAUGUUUGAACACCUUGUCCUCUGUGAGCAGUAGCCAAACCAGCAGUCUGAUGGAGCGCUUCCUGCAGGACGUUCUCCAGCACCAUCCACACAGCUACAAUGACACCAGGCCAUCACAUGCAGACCUUCCUUCUCUCAGCUAUCCCCUGGUUCCAAGGGAGGAGCUAACAGAACUCUGUGAAUCCAAUGCUGACAGCCGGUCACUAGGCACCCGGGAAGACUUGCCCAGCUCUGAUGAGGCUUCCUGUCAGCUGCUGUCCAAACAGGAAGUAGAUGUUGCCAUGACAACAGAUGAGCCUAGCUGGUCAGGGAAUAGAUUAGGUGGCGAGGCUGACCAAGAAAGGCUUUCUUCUCCAGUCCCUGAGCAGGACACUGGAAGGACUCGUAUGGAGCGAGUGUGCAUCGCCUCAUCUGCAGCACAUGCACGCCCCCCAUCAUCCCACACACAUGUAUGCCCUCCAGACACACAUGUGAACAUGCCCCACACACACUCACAAAUUCAAGACACGCAAAGACACACCCCUCUAUCAGAUACACAUAAACACACCUCAUCACCAGAUAAACACACACACACACCAUUACCAGAUAUGAACAAACAAAUCCCACCUGCAGAUACAAACACACACACCCAGCUACCAGGUAGACACACACACACACCCCUCCUGGAUACACACACGCACACAGCCUCCCAAUCCCCAGCCCCCCCACCUUCUGUCCACAGGAAAGCUCAUAGGAAGACGAACAGGAGAAACUCCUCCUCCUCUUCCUCCACCUCCCAUCAGCCCAACCCACACCUCCAGCUCACCUCCACCCCCAAGCCAGGGACACAGGACAUGACAUGGGCCACAUGGGAGAGAGAGAGGCGUGACACCCGAAGGGAAGAGGCCUUCCAUAGUGAGAAGCCAGACCCCAUGGAAGAGACUAUAGAGGAGGUGAUCCAAGCACAUUGUUAUGGCCGCACAUGUGACCCCUGCCAACAGGGGGACACAGAGAGUUUCUACUUCAGUCUGCCAGACUCACUGGGCUCAGCGGAGAGCCAAGACUGGGUCGAUGCUGUGCAGGUGGCCUUGGAGCGGGGAGCAAUACACACAGAAUCACACCCCACACUCAUGGCAACCCCCCCACUCACACGUGGACUGGUGAAGCAGGUGGGCGAAGGUUGGGACGCCACCUGUCUGAUGGAGGCACAGGUGGACCUGGAAGACCAGGUGUACUCCCAUCAACUGGAUACGGCCCUCCACGUAGGCAGGAGAGAGGAGGAGGAGGGCUACAGAGCUCGUCCCAUAGAGGAGAUCCUCCCGUCCCCACUCCAUAUCCCACCAUCCUUCAGGGGGAAGACGUGGGCUCAGAUUGAGCGGGAGGACGAGGAGAAGGUGGAGAGUCUGGUCCAACAGUUCAGACAGGGAAGAUUUAUCUGCUAUUUUGACACCGAAUCUCUGGCCAGGUACGGUAGAAGGAGCCACAACAGAAAGGGACAUGACACAAAGGAGGAGGCGAGAUCCGAACCUGACGUCCUUCCCCUACUGGAACACGAUGAGGAGGUCACACCCCGUGUCAAAACCAAACCGGGGAAGAGGCGGGUCUUCAGGCUGGCCUCCAGGUGUCAGGUGGUUAAGGUCAGUCAUGGCACUCAGACCACUCCAUUGUUUGUCCCUGCUGUCCGUCAGCCAGCCCCAGAGCGGCCAGCCCUUCCUCUCAAUGGCCAUCCGGGCAAUCAGGAGCCUGGAGAGAGUAGUAAGGAGGCACUGACUCCUGAGAUGCGAAGCAAAGGGGGCUCCCUUCACCUCCCCACCUCUUACUCCCACAUUAUCACCCCGCUCCAGCCCCGCACCUCUGUGGUGUAUCUCCUCUGCUCACCUGACACCCCUGUAGCCUCAGACCACACCCCGCCCCCAGGCCCCACCCCCAAGCGCUGCAGGAAGAGGAGGAGGCCGCUGGAGCAUGACCUCCAGGGGUUAAAGGUCAAGUACAAAAGACUUCCAGUCCGUUUUUAUGACGCAGCCAAUAACUGCAUCCUCAAGUCUCCUCCCAAAGGUUUCCUCCCACCUUCCUGCUCCACUGCUGCCACCAAAGCCACUGUGGUCAGACAGCUGUUUAGGAGCCUGAGCCCCCAGCUCAAUGCCCAGACACCGGGGGAGGAGGGGACAGACAGGAAGAGGAGCAGAGGAAGUGUUGCCUCAGGGUCACAACAGGAGGAGUCACCAGGGGUCAAACUUCAGAGGUCAUCCGACAUGCCCCCCCCACCUUUCAGUGGCAACUCUCUGUCCAAUGGCGGCCACCACUUACUGGGCACACUCAGUCCUGACUCAGCACAGACCUCAAAACAGGAAGUGUCUGGAAGGCGGGGCAAAGGUGUGAGGGGUGGAGUGUCUAAGAAGACUCCUUCUAUGAAAGCUGGUCGGCCAGGGAAGGUGAGAUGGGGGAGGAGGGAGAAGAAGCGAGCCCGGAGAGGAGUGCCCCGGCGGGCUGUGGACAGUAGGAGAACCCCUGCUCCUAAAAGCCCUGUGAAGACCUCGCCGCCUGCUACCAGAACUACCCAGCACACGGCCUCGUCUUCAUACCGCCCUGCUUCCAUCACCCCCACUAACUCCCGCAGUCUGAGGACACGGAAGCUGCGAGGCUGUCCCUGCUGUAAAAGCUGAAGACAAAGCAACGUCUGCAUCAGACAGCAGAUACACCGUGACAGACUUCAAUGGUAAUGGGUGUGAGAGGUCUCUGCCUGGUCUCUGCCUGGUCUCUGCCUGGUCUCUGCCUGGUCUCUGCCUGGUCUCUG